UUUCCUCGCAGUAUCAAAUAAAUACAAAGAUAAACGGAAAACAGCUGAUUAAUUUAAAAUGAUCUGAAUGUAAACACAGGAAAUAAGGGGUAUCGUAAACACCUUAAUAAACUAACUAAAUACUUAAAUUGCUCAAUUUAAAAUUCCCCAUUCCACUAGUGCUCUUAAUAGCUUGAAAAGCAAGUGAAAAAAUAUAAACAAGAGUGCUAAUUAAAAUAAAUAUAAAAAACAAAGAAAACCCAAAGGAAAGUUGGGAAAAGUGCCUGAAACCAAAUGUGUUUUCCCUAAAGUUAAGUCCCUUUAAUUCCCUAAUUCGGCUUUAAUUCCGGUAAAGCCCUUCUUCCACCUGUUCCCACCUCCAUUCUACACAAUAAUUCCCCAACAAAAACAAGCACAUGAGUUGGAUUAAUAGGAGUCAACUGGAAUAGGCCGAAGCACCCCGGAGCACAGUUGCAAAUAUUAUGGAAAAGGCGAAGGCGUAUAUCAAGAAUGAACUCCGCGGUGGCAGCCAGCAAUCCGAGCCAGCAACCACGCCGAAUCCGACCUCGCCGGCCUCGGCUGGAGCGCUCCAAGCGACCAAGCAGCCUUAUCCGCCCGUGGAGCUGAUGCCCUCGCCCGGAGCAGCGGCUCAUCGGAGCAGCCGGACGCCCAGCGAGCAGUACCACUUGGCGGGCUAUCAGCCACAUCCCGCCCAGCACUACUAUCCGGGGGGCAAGUCGACGGGGAGGGCGUCGGCUCCUCCCGAUCAUCACCAUGUGCCCAUGACCAUUUGCUUUGUGUGUGGCGGACAUGGUGGCUACGAGCCGCAUCCCCUAAGGAUCCGCCACAAUGCCGAGCGUCCUGCCGAAUCAUACUUCCCCUUCCUGGAGCGUCAUGAACCGCCGAACGGAUUGCCUGCGGUGUCGCCUGGCCAGGAUUACGUGUGGGCCUGCAUGCUCUGCUUUCGAUCCCUGAACGAGCAGUGGGAUGCCUACGAGCGACAGAAGAAGCCCCUGCUGCAGCGCAUCUACCACAUGAAGCGGGUGGACGGAAAGGGCUACAUAGGCGCCGAUGUGGCCACCCAAAGCGAGUAUGCCGCCCAGGUGUUGGGCCUGAGUGCCGAGCAUCUCACCCAGAACGGCCUGGUGGAGGGCCAUGGCGAUCCCUACGCCUUGGCACGCCACUACUCGCCGCAUCAGCAGUCACACCACCACCACAGUACCUCAAGGAAUGCCUCGCCCUCGCCGAACCCCAGUGCCGCCGCUGGCGGUGGUGGGGAUUUCUAUCCCAGGAACUCGACGCCGUCGAGCAACCACAACAGAUACCUGAGCAGGCCGCAGUCGCGGGACAUGCCCGUGGCCUCGCCCACAUCACGACCGCCCAGCGAACCGCCGGCCAUGAAAUCCGCCGGCUAUGCCCAGCAGAAGUUCAAGCUGAGCCCGGCAGCACCUCCACCUGGCUACCAGGGCCAGGCGCCCUACCAUCCCGCCCAGUAUCAGCAGCUGCAGCAGCAGACGGCCGCCUAUCAUCUGCUGCAGCAGCAGGUGAACGCUGGCGGAGGAGCACCGGAGUCGGCCCACUACAAGGGCAAUCCCUACAGUGCGGUGCCCUCGCCGGGAAGUGCGCCACUGGGACCUCCGGCGCCGUCCACUUUCGAAGAUGACAAUGCCACCGUGCUGGAUUUGCGGAACUCCUCGUGUUCCAGUGCCCCACCGGCACCUCGGCAACAUGGGGCAAGCAGUGCGUCUGUGGCGCCACCCAGUCAACCGCAGUCGGAGGUGGGAAUCCUGGACCUCUCCAUGCCGGACAAGAACUCCAUCACCGAGGUGUGCUACGUGUGUGGUGAUGAGCAGCGAAGGGGCAGCCUCAUAGAGCUGAGUACAGUGAAGCCUAGGGAAACGGGCAGACCGGGACAGCCUGUGGCCUAUUUCCCCCUGUUCAACGAGCAGCAUCCUCGACCGGCACGCUCCCGACCGAAGGAUCCGCGCGGAAUGAUCCAGGCGUGUCUGCCCUGCUACGAGGACCUCAUGCAGCAAUGGAACGCCCACCAGGCAACCCAUAAACCAGAAUUGGAGCGAUCCUAUCAGCUGCGAAAACGCUCGACGCCCGUGGCCGAAAGAACCACUUUCGUUUGCUACACCUGUGGAACGGAUACGCCCUCUUCGCAACUGCGCCUUGUCUACUGCUGUCCAAAUGCCGAAAGGGAACCCUAUUAUCCGUUCAUCAAGACCAUGAAAGUCUACAAAAACGCUAGUCCAAUUAGUCCGCAAGGCAUGGUUCAGGUCUGUUCCACGUGCAAUGAGAAGCACACCGGCUUGGCGGAGGGUGGUCCACCUCCAGCCGCAUCCAGCACCCACUCCGCUGUGGGUGGAGCUUCUCCAAGUGCGGGACACUCGCUGGAAUCGAACUCGGCCAUGUACAGUGCCGGCGGAGCGAUAGCCGGAAACAGUGGGGUCCAGUUUGGGGGUCGUAACUCUCCAUCGGAGAAGUCCCUGGCCAAUUCGGACUCUACGAGUAAUGUGCGGUUUAGGCCCUACGAGACGAACUCGAACAAUUCCAACUCAAACACGGCACGCGACCUCAAACAAAUUCGUCGCAGCGAUUCGCGCCCAAAUUCGCCGAGUUCCAGCCAAGGAGCCAUCGAGAAUGGGCACGGGCAGUAUCCUUGCUCCAUUUGCAAAGUGCUCUGCCCGUCGAACAAAAUGGAUUGGCUGUCCACAAGUGCCGAGCACAUGAACUCCCAUGCCAUGCACUUCCCCUGUCUCAAGGCCAAUGCUGUUACCAGUAAUAAUAACAAUAACAAUAAUACCAAUAACAACAAUAAUAAUAACAACAACGAGCUAAACAGCAAUCGCGUGCUGGCCUGCAAGGACUGCAAGGAUUACUUGGCCAGCCAGUGGGAGUCCAUGGAUGCGGAACGGGUUCCCCUCGAGCACAGAAGAUACAACAUUCCCUCGCCCAUGCUGACCUCCAGCUCACCAAACGGAUCUCGGCACGGCGCCAUGAGCAUAAACACUCCGCCCUCCACGCCAUCCAUAUCAUCCUCGACGCCUGCCAGCACAUCCAUCUACUGCUAUCUCUGUGGCCUGCACUCGGACCUAACGUUAGCCAGAGUUCUCUAUGCCAGCAAAGAGGGUUCGCGUCCUUAUUUUCCAUUGUUGCUGAAACACAAUUCACUCCCCAAUGCUGAGCAGUUAAGGAAUAACUCGGCCCUGGUUUGCACCUUUUGUUAUCAUUCCAUGUUGAAUCAGUGGCGCAAAUAUGAGGCACAAAGUCCCAGCGUGAAUCCAGCGGAUCGUAAAUAUAAUUGGCACGACUACAACUGUCACCUGUGCGGCAUUACGACUUACCGGAAGAGAGUACGGGCGCUGCCCGUCAACGAGUUUCCCUUUGUGAAGCACCAGAAAAGUGACGAUGGCCUACUGCUAGAGAACGGAGAAUACGCGGUCGUCUGUCUGGACUGCUACGAGAGUUUAAGACAACAAGCCUCGCAGCACGAUCGCUUUGGGGUGCCCAUUUCCAGGCGGGCCUACAACUGGGUGCCCCAACCGCCUCCGCCGGAGGACAGUCCCGAGUCCGCUGUGGCCCGUUUGCCCUGCGGCGAGCGCUCCGAUCGCAUUCUCAUCAGCAGUGCCUUGAGACCCGUGCCAGGGAAGAAGACCUCGUCGCCGAAGCAGUACGACAAGUCGAAAGAAGUGCCGCCGAAGGCUGGACAAAAGCGGCCGGCCACCAGCCCCGCACCGCACAUUCCCGUGCCGCACCACCUGCAGACACCUCCUGGCGGCGGCGGUGGUGGCUUACCCGGAUCUUCGGUGGCCAACAGCCCGGUGCCAUCGUCUGCCGGUGGAAAUGCCCUGCUGAACCACGCCCUGCCCAGCAACCACAUUGGCACUCCGUCGCCGCAGCAACAUCAACAGCACCAGCAACACCAACAGCAGCAGCAGCAACAGCAGCAGCAACAGCAACAACAUCAGGCCCAACAGCAGGCGGUGGCGGCUGCAGUGCAGCAACAGCUGGCGGCAGGAGUGGGUCUACCACCAGGAGCCAUUGGUGCCGCAUCGGCCAGUAGUCGAGGCUCCUUUGCCGCCGCCCUGCGAACGCUGGCCAAGCAGGCGGACAUCAAGGAGGAGGAUGUGGGCGGAGACAGGAAUGUGCCCUCUUCGGGACCCGGAGGACCGCCCACGUCGUCCUCGGGCCAGGGACCUCUGAACUCGGGCGGAGGACGUGUGGGAUCCGAGCGACCUGGCGAGGAUCGGGUGGCGAGCAACAAGAAGCGUUCACCGCCCUCACCGCAGCCGCCGGAGAAGAUCGCCCGACUGAGUCACACACCACAAACAGCCCUGCAGCCGGAACUCUUGGCCAGGAGCGGAUUCCAGCCGUACAGAUCGGACGAGCGGCUGAUGCAUCCGGCGGGCGCCUUUCCCCUGGAGGCCUACUCGCACUUUGCGGGACUGCCGGGGAUUCCCCCAGCAGCUUUUCUGAAUCCCGCUGGACUGCCGUACACGGAGCAGCUGUACCUGGAGCAUCGCUACCAACUGUUCCGUGCCGCCGGCGCCCAUCCCUCGCAUCCGCAUGCGGCCGCACUGUAUCCCCAAAUGGCCUCGCCCUACUCCCACCUCUACUCGAUGAUGCCCGGAGCAGCGUUGGGCAUCUCGCCGGCGAUGCACGACCGGAUGAAGCUGGAAGAGGAGCACAGGGCGCGGCUGGCGCGGGAGGAGGAGCGCGAGCGGGAGAUGCAGCGCGAGAAGGAGCGGGAGCUGCGCGAGCAGCGUGAGAAGGAGCAGCGGGAAAAGGAGCAACGGGAGAAGGAGCAGCGCGAGCGGGAGCGGGAGCAGCGUGAGAAGGAGCAGCGCGAGAAGGAGGCGCGGGAACGCAAACUCCGGGACGAGGAGCGCGAGCGGGAGCGGGAACGCCAGCAGCUGCUGAAUGCCUCGCAUCACUACUCGAAUCAGCUGUACGCCCCACUGAACCGGAAUAUUCUGGGCUCCAUGAUCCCACAUCUCAAUAUGAGUUUGCGCGGACCUCCAGGAGCCCUUCAUGGUCUGCCCGGGAUGUCGCACUACCAUGCUGCGGCGGCGAAUGCCCAGCGGCAGAGUCCGCACGGAGCCAUGGGUCUUAACCUGGGCAUGGCCGGGCUCCCAGGCGUGGGAGUGUCUCCACUCGGCGGCCAUGGGACCAAUCUGCAGCACCACCUGCAGCAGGCGGCCAUGGGCCUGGCUCACCCGGGCGCUGCUGGACUCACGCAUCCUGGUUUCUCGGCCGCUGCCCUCGGACUCAGUGCCCAUCCGCACAGUCUGAACCUCAGCCAUCCGCACAUGUCGCCGCACCAUCCCGCCUCGCUGGCCCACCAGUUGCCACCGCACACCUCCACGGCCGGCGGAGUGGGGAUGAGCAACUCCAUUCCCGUGACAGCUAGCUCCAGCCUAUCUGCAUCUUCGCCGCACACCAGCUUAAACCUGACGGCAGCUGUGAAGCUGAGUGCGGACCAGGUGCCCACCUCGACGCCCAGCGGCGUCAGUGGCAGUGGCAUGCCGCCCACCACCUCCAGCUCCCACAUUCCCAACAUGGGCCACUACUACCACCACGGCCAUCUGGCGGCCAUGCAUGCGGCUGCGGCGGCGGCCAGCGGAAUGACUCCGACGGCUGCCCAUCAGCAGCAGCCCCUUUCGCUGCCCAGCUCGCCCAAGAUCACUCCCCCGAUCACCCCAUCUUCCUCGGCGAACGGCGGCAGAGCAGGCGGUAGCCCCCAUGCCAUGAGGCAUCACAUUGCGGCCGCGGUGGCUGCUGCGGCCCAACAAUCAGCGCUGAUAGACAAGGCAGCCACGCCGGUGACGCAUGAGCCGGCCACCUUGGAUUUGACCGGAUCGAAUUCGAAUUCCAGUAACCAGGCGCCCUCGAACGCCAGCAGUGGUCAGCCGGCGAAUCACGAGGUGAAUGGAGGCGAAUCCAAUGGAGCAUCGCAGGGAGAGAUCAAGGAGCAGGUGGUGGCCAACAAAGAGGAUCCGCUUAAGAGUUCUCCGCCACCAGUGGCGCUAGAAAAGAAGCCCACCACGCCAAAUGCUGCGCCUGGUGACAAACCCAUCCAUCCGGACAGCUCGCCGGAGAACUCCUCCCGGCGAAGUGCCAGCCCCCAGUCGGAGACCAACAACUCGAUGCCGGCGGUCGGUGCCACGGCAGCAGCAUCAGUAAACCUCGGUGUAUUUCAGAUGACAGCAAACCGCAGUUGGGCGGAUUGGGUCGCAGCAACAGCGCGGAGGAGGCCACAGCCUUAUGACACCAACUCUUCAGUAAUUCCAAUAACUAACUAAUGAAAAACUACAGCGAUAUUGGGAUGUACUUGCUGUCGGAGCGGGCUCUUCACCAGCAGCGCAAGCGGAUGCUCGACGAGUUCCUGAAGCUCUAAAGGAAUCCUGGAGAAGGAUGAAACUGCUGGCCAAUGGAAUCACCUUUUAGCCACUAUAAACAAUACAAUGUAAAUUCCAUAACAGAUAUCAGAUAUUUGUUUGUUCUCGGUGUUACAAUCUAACGUUUACCCAACCAGUUGAAUACAAUUCUACCACAAUUAGUCAUUUUGAAUUGGUGUAAAAAUCUUAUAUGCAUAAAAUGUAAAAUAUUGUGACAUAUUCCAAGUAAAUUAAUUACUCUCGAAAGAAACGUUAUUCAUAAGAAUUUUAGAUAUGUACUUGCAUAGACUCUGGAUGUAGUUUUCGUGUGGAAAUGUUCAUGGCCCGAGCAAAAUAAUUCUAGUUGUAAAGUUAGUCUAAAAUUCUGAUAAGAAAUUUAUAUAUACACAACAGAAACAGAAAUUAUACAAAACAUACUGGGUAGCUAUAUUUUAUUCUUAAAUUGCUAAUUGCUAAUAAUUGUGAUUUGGAGAGUACGAAUAAAAACGGAGAACGUAUGAAAAUGUAACUCGAAUACAAAGUGGGGAAAACGGAACUGAAAUUUAGAUAACAAAUCAAAUCAAAAACCUAGAGAGAUAUUCUGGAAUGGAUUAGAAGAGAAGAGCGAAAGGCCGAAAUUAUUUUUCGAAAUUAAACAACUUUUUUAAGCCACCCUUUGGCCCUUAACAAUAUUUUUUUUUUGUGACUUGAAAUAUUUUAUAUGCAAACUUUUCAGAAAACCCAACCAAACACAAGCUAGCAAAUGGAGACGUACUACUAACAAAAGUACUUUGUAUCCACACUAUAAUUGAUGUUUAUAGUAAGUAGUCAAUACCCUAAAAAUCAAGCAAACUCUCAAAGAUAUAGAUCUAGUUUUCAAUCCCGUUUCCAGUCUUACCCCUCUAUCUUGCUCCCAGUUUAUUUUUUGUGUUUGAGAUUGCCUAACAUUUGACGAUACGUGAAGUAAUGGUUUAUAUAUAUUUUAAUGCAUAAAUCUCGAGCAAUCUGUGAUAUUAUAAAAAAAUUAAAAACCAAACCAAAACUCAAAAAAUCAUUGCGUAUGAGCCUCAAGUUAUGGCCAUUUGAGACCCUAUACUAUAGAUUCAACUCGUUUUGAAGCAGGAUAUCCCACAAAGUUGAGGCGUCCUUUUUGAAUAGUUAAAUAUGGACACCGACACGCUUCGACAAUUCCGAACAAAUUCCGCCAUAUGCAAGUCGACUUUUCCUUUUGACAAAACUAUGUGUAUGUAACAGUAAAACUGAAAAUGAAUAUAUUUUAAUAACUAAUCGUAAUAGAUUCUUGAAUGACACACAGAUAACUGAAAUCGAUUGGCGCGCAUAUAGUAACGUAACCACAAAUGCCAUGCGAUAGCUAAUCAACUACUGCAAAAUAGUUUCAAAUACAACCUUAACAAAGAAAACAAAUCGAUCGUAAAUUAAAUGUACUGUAACUCCCCCUCAAUCUUCGUUGUGUGUGUAAACAGAAUACAAAGUGUAAAACAUUAAACUGUAAGCUAACCGAAACGCAAUCGAACCCGAAAACCAAAUACAAAAGUACACGAAUACAAAAGCUACCAAAACAAUAGCAAUAGACAUAAGGAGGAGCGCUCAAGUCUGUUCGAAAAUGUGUCUAGAAGUUCUAAGUGCUUAAGAUCUAAAAUUCAACAGAUUGGCGCUUCUUUCUCAGAUCUUCACACGACCACAGCAAAUAGUUGGGUAUAUAUCAACUCACUUGAGCCAACACAAUCUCGCAAAAAUAAAUAUGUACGAAUGUUCAACCAUGUGGCAAACGAUAUGCGAAACAAAC